UGAUCAUUAAACAUGCGGUUUCGCACCCAACUAUCUAAUGCUGCAACGCUUUCUAAGUUGACGGCAUCCCUCUCAUCGCUGGGUAAGGUAUGCUGGAUGCGCCUGGAAGAUGGCGUCGUUCGAUUCACCAUCAUCCCCGAUCAAGGUACCCAAGUCUGGGCGCAGUUACCUGUGGAAGCCAUCUUCGAUGAAUCCACUUAUAUUUUGGAAUCUAACUCCGGGGUAAUCAAUCUCGAGGUGCCCGUCGGAGCUCUUCACCGCGCCCUUCGCUCCGCCGUAGCCGCGACGUCAACCCAACUACGUCUGACCAAGAAGGGCAACGUCCCUCUCUUGGCUUUAACUAUCCAUGCAUCGUCCUGGACCCCCGGUUCCAACGCACUCGGGAUUCCGGAACCCGACCAUGGGGGUGGCGGGGCCGGGGCAGGCCAGGCCACCACUGCAUCAGGACCAGCGGCCGUUUCUGGGCCCCGGGAACGCGAGACGGUCAUUACGCAAGAAAUCCCGGUCAAGGUUCUCCAUGAGUCUGCCAUCGAGGGGCUUCACGAACCGCGAUGUCGUGACCCUGAUGUGCACAUCAUCUUACCGAGUUUGUUCCAGCUGAAGAGUAUCUCCGAGCGGUUUACGAAGUUGGCGACGGACCCCAAGGGCUCUUCGGGCUCAGCCGCUGCCUCUGUCGUUUCACCGAAAUUGGAACUGUCGGCUAACAUGCAUGGAUCGCUCAAGCUGGCGAUCGCGACGGAUGCCUUGCGCAUCUCGAGCGUUUGGACUGAUCUGGUGAAUCCGUCGCUGGACCCCGGACAGCUCUCCCAAACGGAAAUUGAGCAGCUUCCCAGUGAGCGGAUGAGAGCGCUAGGCAAUGACGACGAGGCCGGCUGGGCGAAAGUAAGGAUUGACGGGAAGGAUUGGGGAAGAGUGCUGAGUGUUGGGAGAAUGAGUCCCAAGGUCGUUGCAUGUUUUGUCCACGAGACGGCGUUGAUCCUCUAUGUUUACCUACCAGGUAGUUGGAACGGGGAAGAUUCCUGUUUGACAUAUUACAUUAAUUCUUACGCGGCUUGACAAACAUUGCCGAGUUCAGGCUAUGGGGACUCACUAUCUCUAGGUAAAUGCAAAUGUGCUUGUAGAAA